CUCUCUACCUGUUUAGUGGUUAAAGAUGGCUGAAGCUCCUCCAUGGCCUAGCCGGUUCUUCUGCCACAGAUGCUCAGCAGAGAUAAGUCCUCGGCUGCCUGAGUACACGUGUCCAAGAUGUGAGUCAGGGUUUAUUGAGGAACUGCUGGAAGAGAGGAGUGCGGAUAAUGGCUCCAUGUCUACCAUAUCCAGCGGACCUCCGAACCAACAACCGUUUGAGAAUGUGGACCAGCACAUGUUUACAUUCCCUUCGGGCUAUGGCCAGUUUGCCCUGGGUGUCUUUGAUGACCGCUUUGACUUUGGGGCUGGUCUAGGAACAGAGGACAACCGGGAAGCAGAAAACAGGCGAGAAAGGGAAACGGCAUCACGACAACGAUAUGGUGCACGGCAACCGAGAAGUCGUCAUGGUUCAAGGCGACAACCAGGGAGGCAUGAGGGAGUUCCCACAUUAGAAGGAAUCAUUCAGCAACUAGUGAAUGGAAUAAUUGCACCCACUGCAAUGCCAAAUAUGGGUGUAGGACCCUGGGGUGUUCUUCACUCAAAUCCUAUGGAUUAUGCUUGGGGUGCUAAUGGAUUAGAUGCAAUUAUAACUCAGUUAUUAAACCAGUUUGAGAACACGGGACCCCCGCCUGCUGACAGGGAUAAAAUAAAGAGUCUUCCUACAGUGCGAGUUACAGAUCAGCAUGUUGCUUCAGGACUGGAGUGUCCGGUGUGUAAAGAAGACUACUGUGUUGGGGAAACUGUGAGGCAGCUCCCAUGCAAUCAUAUGUUCCACAAUGACUGUAUAGUCCCCUGGCUGGAGCAGCAUGACACUUGUCCGGUGUGCCGGAAAAGUUUGAGUGGGCAGAACACGGCAACAAACCCUCCAGAACUAUCAGGGAUGAACUUUACCUCCUCCUCUUCCUCCUCUUCAUCCUCCUCCACCCCUCAGUCCUCAAGUUCGACCAGCAAUGAGAACUCCACUGAUAACUCCUAGAGAACCAUUUGCCCUCAUCACCCUGCGAGCUGUUAAUAGCUCCUGGGCUGCUGUACUUCAGUGCGGUGACCUCCAGUCUCUCCCUGCUGCCGGGCAGAGACCUGAGUGCAUCUCGCCAGGAGCACUCAAGCCCGAUUCGGGGGUAAGUGAUACGUGAGGACAAUGUAUUUCUGCCCGUUCUGUUGCUCCCACCUUCAUCAGGAAUCUGAACAAAGGAAGGGGUGGAGGCCUCAAGUGCAGCUUCUAUCAGGGAGGGUGUGGAGACUUCAAGUGGCUCGCUCUGCCUGAAUCACCUCAUACAGGAAAAGAAUACAAGAGAAUCCAAAGGCAGAGGACUCAUGAGAAUACAGUUGUUGUUCUUAAAAAAGAAAAAAAAAAAAAAAAAAAAAUUCUCCGGACUGGUAUGACUUAGGAUGCUCCACUUUUGCCAAUGAAGCAAAAAGAAAUGAGCAGUUAUUCCUUUUAUAACUAGCAUUCAUAUCUCACAGAUGAAAUGACUCAAACUGCACUCUAGUGCACUUCAGUUACUCCUCAGUUUGGAUGAUACUACAUUUUAUUCCUGUUUUUUUUUUUAAUUUUUGAACAAUACAUUUCCAAGUUAUUUUACAAUCAAGCUCCUCUUACAGUAGAAAGAUUACCUGAAUCCAAUCAGGUAAAUUUUUGCACUUGAAAUUAUUAUGCAUCAAAUUGCAGUCAUCUGGUGCUUUUUACAUAAGUGAAAAGCACAAUUAAAUUAACCAUGAAAGUUUAUUUUUAUCGUAUCUGCAAGCCUAUUUUGUGGAUCAGCUCUUCACAUAUAACACUUAGAAACAUUUCAACGCGUUUUUGCAUUUUAACUUAAGGUAUAUUAAGUAUUUUCUAAAGUUGCCAGUUGAAAAACCAUUGGUUUGAAGUAUCAUCGUGUCCAAAUAAAUGAACUGAUGUGAAAAUAAAGAUGCUUGGGUGCUACCACUCGUAAUUCA